AUGAGUGGAAAGGAGCCCGGUGCUUGCGGCUGCGAGCAGUCCUGGGGCUGCGGUGACCUUUUCGAGGGCGGUAACACGCCUUCGUACUAG